GAGAGACGACCAGUACACUACGGGAAGAGGGUAUUGAUAUAGGAUUCGCCUAUGGGUAAAUGAGUCGAAAACUGAUUAGAAGACCCGUCGGCCGUUAUCACGUGCGACACGCCAAGAAGGGACCUCGCACCAUCCCCUAUAAGCAGGUGUAAGGGCGCCACCGGGCCGGCAUCAGAGGGAGCGCCAGGGGGGCGCGGGGGGAGUGCGGGGCCCAGCGCGCAUGUCCUAUGUUCCAGCAGAGGACGUACCGUUCGUUUACUAGUUCAGUCACUUGUGAGUACAUCCUCGAAUAAGUCGCGGGAACCACCCCGUCAUCGUCUGGGUACCCCCACCGAAUUUUUUUAAGAAUUUUUUUCCCGGUCGUGUCAGUAUUUCUUCGCCGCGCCGGACGCGACCUCGCUUUCUAACGCGCUUUUCCUCGAGUCGCAUUGAUCCAGCGCCGAGUUUCCAACGGAUGAUUUACCCCGCGCCGUAGUAUUAUAUAACCAAUAAUAGUGUGCGGUUCAUUAUCGAUGUAUGUCCGGUGCUGAUUAUUCGUUUCGUAGUCCGCGAUUCCCUUUUCACUAUACUAAUACCGAACCGGGAUUUCAUCAUCUAUUUACAUUACACACGCGCGUGCUCUGUCGACAACCGGUUUCGGACAUUCCUGGACAUUUUGUGGUUAUUUUUAUUUUGUGUGCCUGAGGUUAUCAAUUCUCGGUCGUAAAACUCCUCGACAGGUUUAUAACUGUUCCUUCGGCUGCUGAGGUUAGGGUCAAUCAGGGGAGUGGUGACGUGCGUGCCGAUACCGGAGGAACCGAGCGUGUCCCCGAAAGCUGACUGUGAAUCGUGAAGAAACUUUGGAUUAGCACUUUGGGAAAUCGUGUUUGUGCGUGAUAGAUGAGCUUUGAACGAUGGAAAAUGUACCCGGUCGGAGGGAACUCCGUGGCCGGUCAGUGAGGAGCUUUCGGCGGUGGCCUGGAGCCUCGGCCGGAGUCGAGUCGAGCAAUUGCCCGCGGCCGCCAAGUGGCCAUGUCCGCCAUGUGAACGCAUGCGCAUGCUCAUAACCAUGGUCUGCCCACCAGGUGCCCGUCAGGUUUUCACCAUUUCCGGUGGAGGCUGACCCGGUGUACUCCAUUAUGACGUCAUCCUGCCGGCUGAUAGCUGCCAUAAAUAUAAUUGUAGUCACCAUCAUGCGAGGAGUUGACGCAGGACCUGCACCGGGGAUAGAUUUACUUGAAUCUCUACAAAUGCACAAUUUAAGUCGACAGGGCGUCAGUUUGGUUCCAGGACCACAAAGGCUUCGUCCGGCUUUUUACCUUCAAGGCGAUCACAGAGACCUGAAAUUACCUCAAAGCGUGUUCCUACAGGCAGUUGAGCUGCUACAGCACAGAAACGAAUUCACUAUAGCUGCAUCGCUCAAGCAGGAACAAGCUAACUCUGGUUCCAUCAUAGCCUUUUCUCACGGAUUCAAUAGGUAUUUAGAAUUGCAAUCGAGUGGUCGGAAAAACGAGAUCCGGCUGCACUACACGAGCAGGGGCGACUCGAGCGUCCACGUGGAGACGUUCCCGUAUCGGCUGGCCGACGACACGUGGCACAAGGUGGCCGUCACCGUCAGCGCCACCCAGAUCCAGCUCAUGGUCGACUGCCACCCUAUCUACUUGAGGCUCCUCUCGAGAACCCCCGACACCAACUUCACCGCCCCUCAACUUGCCCUCUGGAUAGGCCAACGGAACAAACUACACUCUCUCUUCAGGGGGGUGGUGCAAGAUGUAAGACUGAUUGCGGGGCCUUAUGGAUACUUGAACCAGUGUCCUCACCACGAUACCAGCUGCCCGACCUGUGGCCAGUUCGCCAUCCUGCAAGAUACUGUUGAGCAACUCACCGAAAGGCUACAGCAACUUUCCCACAGGCUACAGACAAUGGAGGACCGGAUGGGCCGUGUGGAAGAGUGCGAUUGUCAAAAAGCUUGCACUUUUAACGGAAGCGUCGUGGCGGGCGGUGCUUCUUGGCAAUAUGACUGUGAUAUUUGUACUUGUGCGCAUGGGACUGUUCAGUGCCGCCCGGUCCAAUGCGCACCAACUAAUUGUAAAAAUCCUGUUCUAAAUCCUGGCGAAUGUUGCCCCACCUGUUUAAAGCAAUGUUACUUACGGGAUACUUUCUUCGAUCACGGAGACAAGGUCAGUUUGAAGCAGUGUGUGGAGUGCGAGUGCAGGGAUGGAUCCAUGACAUGCACUCGCAUCGACCCAGUGACUAUGUGUCCACCACUCAGCUGCCCUCCCUCUGAGCAAGUCAAUGUUCUUGAUCGCUGCUGUAAAAUCUGCCGAGGUACUGAUUUUUGUGGGAAAGGUCACAACUGCCACGUUAAUGCUAGCUGUCAUAAUUUGGAUACCACUUUCGCGUGCUUUUGUAACGCAGGAUAUUACGGUGAUGGAGUAAAAUGCUCUGAUAUCGACGAGUGCUUGAAAGAAGGGGGUGAAGAGGGUCAUCACUGCCAAAAGCACUCGACGUGCGUGAACACGGUGGGUUCGUACGAAUGCGAGUGUCACGCAGGGUUCGAGCGUUUGGACAGGUUCAACUGCGUGGAGCUCGAUGAGUGUGGAGCGGGUCUCCAUCGGUGCGACUCCAACGCCGUUUGCAACAAUACCAUCGGCAGCUACGCUUGCACUUGUAUCGAUGGCUUCGCCGGCGACGGCUUCUCCUGCUCCCCGGUCUGCAAGCAAUCGUGUCAGAACGGCGGUGAGUGUGUAUCGCCGGGAGUUUGUCAGUGUCGGACCGGGUAUCACGGGCACAGCUGCGAGCUGGACUUCGACGAGUGUGCCGCCGGCAUGCACGCUUGCCAACACGGUUCCAUGUGUGUCAACAUGCCCGGUUGGUAUUAUUGUACAUGCAAACCUGGUUACCGAAGCAAUAUUACUUUAGAACACGGACUUGGAACCACGUGCUUAGACGUGGACGAGUGUCAAGAAGAAAUACACUCGUGUCAUCCUAGUGCCGAAUGCAUUAACACCGAUGGCGCCUUCAAGUGCUCUUGUCAGCACGCUCAAUCCCAAAAUCCUGCAACAGAAUGUAAACUAAGUUGCAUGGUCAACGGUAAAGAAGUAAGGAAUGGCGAAACGUUUAGCGGCUCGGAAUGCAGUCAGUGCAAAUGUCAUGAAGGAAUAGUGAGCUGCGCUCCCAUUGUUUGUGAUUGUGCUCAAGCCGAGAGUCGAGAGAACAAAUGCUGCCCCAUGUGUAAUCCAAGUGCAUCAUGCAGGCAUCAAGAGCUCAGCCAUGUCGUUUUCAAAAGUGGCGACACAUGGGUAUAUCAGUGCCAAACUUGCGAAUGUUUGUUUGGAGAGGUUGACUGCUGGCCGGUCGAGUGCCCACCUUUGUCGUGUCCGGAUCAGGAGCUGGAGAUCCUACCCGACGAAUGCUGCCCCAGGUGUCGCAACGACCCUUGUUUCCAGAACAAAUUUACUUCCUCUAACUACACCCUGCCCUGUCCCUUCGCCCACCGAUACCAAGACGACGUCCAUCACUGGAACAUUGACAAAUGUACAACCUGCAAUUGUAAGGUGCCCUUCUGCGUCCAACUGGUGAGCAAUUACGCGUGUUGUGUGCAUCGGAUGGGAGCCUCCGCUGCGUUUUUGAUUCCCCUUGCGAUUCUUCUCCUGCGAAAUUUCUCGUCUUGGCAAACGAGACUCGCUCCCUGCCGGCUAUCGGGAGCUCCACAGCCUUGCUUGACGUCACUUCGAGCAGUCGAGUCGCUCAAGAGGCAGAAACUGGUCGUCCUCCGCCUGGCUCUGCUGAACCUCCCCCUGAAAGCUCUCAUGGCGAGCCCUCAAGUUCCUCGACCCCCUCCACUGGCUCCAGUGGUUCUCCAGCGGAGGCUGCCUGAGCCGCUGCACCGGUUAAUUCUCUUCGUCCUAGCAAUCAUGUUGAAUUUCAAAGCCCACCUCAGAUGAAGAUGUCUGUUAUCUUGUAUUAGGUUAUUUAUGAAAAUUUACGAUUGGUAAAUCUUUACCACUCUGCGUUGAACUGCAUCACGGAGAGUAAGGGAGCGUGCUUAGCGCCUUCCAGCGAGAUGAUACCUCGGGGAGCGCAUGGAUCAUUGUGCGGCUGCGGAAUCACUUUUAUUGGUUGACUCGAGCUUCCACAAAGUGACGUCUUUGAAGUGUCAGGAUGGAUUUUCGCUCUGGUCGCAGGAGGCAUCAGUACAUCGCAUUGGCUUGAAGACGUGAGCUGGUCACGAAAAUGGGCGAGUACCUUUUUGAUGCACAGGACUUUAGAAGGCUUACCUUCUUUCCUUUUUCUUUCUCUUAAAGCUGAGAUAGGCGGAGAUGGAAUCUUCGUCCCAGAACUGGCUUUCAACGUUUAAAAAAAAAUCAUAGAUUUUAAUGCUACGGCGUUGUUAGCUCCUGUUUUAGUAGGUACUCAGUGUUGAAAAGAAAGACUGGUCCUUCAGCGCAUGGCGCUUAAAGAAAUAGUUGAAGUUGUUGAAAGUUCACUUCCAAAGCAUAAUGAAGUGAAAUCAAUGUGUAUGUAGAAUUGCCAAAAACCGAAGAUAAUAUGAAUCAUAGCUUCCGUCAUAUCAGAAUUUCAUUACUGGAGAGAAAUCUUAUUCUUAAUACUUAUUUUACAUGGCAUAACCAACACAACAACAAUAACAAACAUACAAUUACAUAAACAACAAUUUGAAAAAGAGAGAUAGAAGGUGAAAUUAAUUACAUUAAAGUUCAAGGCUAACAAAACUAUAAGUAGAAGAGGAAAAUUAUGUUUGAGACAAAUGGGCUCAAUAAUUUUUUAAUAAAACCUUUGCAAUUCUUAAUUCCACUUAUAACAAAGUUUACUAUUGUUAGAAUAACACUUCAAGUUCUGAAUGAUAUGUCAUUUGUAAUGGACGAGGUGAUACAAAAUCAAAAUAAGUCCGAGAAAAAAUACUAUAAGUGAUGAAAUUUGGCGAAACGACUCUUUUUCAGGUCAAUAAUCUAUGGCCUCAUCAAAGGCGAAGAAAUUCAGCAGCUGCUAAAAUCUCCAGCUGUAAUGCACAUCUAUAAUGUUAAGUGUUUUCAUUACGAUAUACAUCGUUUUAGAAAAAUCCGCAUAAGUUCAUUCAAGUUUUUACCUAUUUUACAAAAAAGCGGAGGAUGACACAGAUAAAUUUUUAUCCCUCAGAUUCCUGUAACAGUAGAUUUGAUUAGCUCUGUCAUUCUGCGUCUUUCUAAUUAUACGUAUCCCGUUGCUAAAAAAAACCUUCAGUCUUGAACAUAUUGUCUAAGUGAAAUAGUAUUUGCGAUUCUCGUCAACUUAAUGCCAGAUCAACUUAAACAUACCUAUUUAGUAACGAAUCCAAUUAAUUUUGUUCUUAUCAAAUUAUCACUCAGAUAACUAUAACCAUUGUAUUUUUCUAUGCAUCACCUCACCGGUCAGCUAGUUUAAAAGCUGCUCCACUAAUUCUGUUUGUAGAUUAUAAUUUAAACAGCUUUUCCAAUCUUCAUUUUAAACUUAAGUUUUAAAACUAAUAGAUAAGUGCUCUGUUCCACUUUACAGAGAACCAAAUUAUGCAAUUUCCCUCGGAGUGAACAGUUAUUUUCCUUUGAAGAGUUUUAGUUAGCAUGUUUUAUUUUAUUUUAUUUAUUCUCUUUUUUUUUGUAUAUUUUGCUGUAACUUUUCCUGAACUAGGGUAAUAUAGAUCGUACCUUUACUCCACAAGUUACAAUAAAAAAAUAGGUGCUUUUAUGAAAAAACCAUAAAGUAUUAGAGUUAUUUACUUAAUUCCUUAUUGACAUAAGACAAAGUAAUUUAAAACAAAAUUCUAAUAAAUAACUCAAGUGAAGGUCAACUAUGUUAUCUUUUCAUAGAUUUUAUUUUAUUUUCUACUUUUUUAGUCAAUGUACAUUAUUGUUUUUGUAAAUCUUGUUGUAUAAUAUUAAUUGUAAAAAAAUAUUUCAUCAUCAUA